AAGUCUAUUCAAUUGCUAUUUGCUAUUUGUAAAUUGUAAUCUUAAUCUGUAUUCUGUGAUUAUAAUUUGUAUUUUGUCACUUGCGGUGCGGGCGUUCGUCUUUGUUGUUCGUUAAUAACAAAAUUGUUUUGUAUUUGAUUUUGAGAUAAAAUAUAUAUAAUGAAAUCUGCAUUAGUCCCUAUCUGUAAAAUUUUAAUAUUCGUUUUAGUUUUUAUGAGUGUUGUUAAUUAUGUAGUCAUAGGCAGCACACCUCCAAAAAAACUUCAAAUUGGAGUAAAAAAGCGUCCUGCAGAAUGUCCCAUGAAGAGUAGGAAGGGUGAUCUUCUGCACAUGCAUUACACGGGUACAUUAGAAGAUGGCACAGAGUUUGAUAGCUCAAUUCCAAGAGGAAAUCCAUUAACAUUCUCUCUUGGAGCGGGUCAAGUUAUAAAAGGAUGGGAUCAGGGAUUAAUUGGAAUGUGUGAAGGUGAACAAAGAAAACUUGUGAUCCCUCCAGAACUGGCAUAUGGAGAAGCUGGAGCCCCACCAAAGAUACCUAAAUCAGCAACUUUAACAUUCCAUGUAGAUCUCGUUAAGAUUGAAAGAAAAGAUGAACUUUAAGUAACUUAAUAAAACUUUUUGUAAGCAUUGUGUAUGUAUAAUACAUUAUGUAGUAAAUGA